CGCAUGUCGUAUAUUGGUACCAAUAACUAUUGUGGAUCGCCAAUUUCAACUUUGGAUAUCGCGAAUGUGUCUUGAACUUAAUUGAAACUUAUUCAACUCAACUUCUUUUCUAUCGCGUACUAGGUAGACUAAUUCUACGUACUGCGAAUUGGAUAUGCGCCGUCAACAUGCCUUUCCACUGUCGACUGUCCUCCUCGUCGCAGCCAACCUGCUUAUACCCGUAGCAAUCGUAGUCUUUGCGAUUGGCUUCUUUCCCUAUAAGCCAUUCCUGCCUGGCCUAGCCGAGUAUCAACCUCUCGAAUAUGGCCCUCCACCCGAUGCACCAUUUGACCGCCUGAUAUUCAUGGUCAUUGAUGCUUUGCGCAGCGACUUCGUAUUUUCAGAUGAAUCCGGCUUUGAAUUUACCCAAAAGUUGAUUUCCGAUGGAGUCGCUAUUCCCUUCACUGCCCAUGCCAACUCGCCCACCAUAACGAUGCCCCGAAUCAAGGCCAUCACCACUGGCUCCACUCCUUCUUUCCUCGACGCCAUAUUGAGCUUCGACGAGGCCGACACGUCUUCGACUCUUGCUGCCCAAGACACCUGGCUGGCUCAGAUGAAAGCACAGAAAGCUGGAAAGCUGGUUAUGCAUGGUGAUGACACAUGGCUCAAAUUGUUCCCCGGGAUAUUCGACCGAACGGACGGUACAUCUAGUUUCUUCGUUUCCGAUUUCACAGAAGUCGACAACAACGUUACGCGACACAUUCCUGACGAAUUACAAAAUGACGACUGGAACACCAUGGUGCUUCAUUACCUCGGGCUUGAUCACAUCGGCCACAAAACUGGUCCACGAGGUCCCAACAUGAUCCCGAAGCAGCGAGAAAUGGAUGGCAUUGUUCGUAUGAUAUAUGAGGCUAUGGAGACACAAACUCAUCUUCGAUCGACUCUGUUGGUCUUCUGCGGUGAUCAUGGCAUGAAUGAUGCUGGAAACCACGGCGCCUCCUCUCCCGGGGAAACCUCAGCUGCUCUAGUAUUUGUGUCACCCAAGUUGAAAACUAUUUCCAAGCAUGUGAAAGUGCCAGCCGAUUUUGUCGAAGAUUUCCAUUACUACAAUGUAGUCCAACAAUCCGAUCUAGCUCCGACUCUCGCUGCUUUGCUUGGCUUCCCUAUACCCAAGAAUAGCUUGGGUUCCUUCAUACUGGACUUUCUACCUUUUUGGUCGCAGAAACAUGACAAGCUUCAAAUUCUCGUGCGCAACGCAAGACAGAUACUAGACAUCGUUACCGCGACCUAUAGUGGUUCAUCUGGAGGCAAGCAACUAGACUGCCUUCACCCUGGCUCAUCAGCCGAAGAACUAGCUUGUGAAUGGCAACAAAUCAACAAAAUGAAUAAAACGAUGCCAACGGAAGAGGAAGAUGAUGUAUGGAUUAUGCAAGUAUCAAAGUGGUUAUCUAAGGCCCAAGCUUUGAUGAGCAGUAUGGCCAGCAAUUACGACAUGAACUUGUUGUUAUAUGGCCAAUUAGCUGCAGCAAUAGCUUCAGUUGCUGCAAUGUGCGCCUUAAUAAUUUCGACGUCCAGCGUGCCCACGAGUUUGGCACCAUUUGGUCUGAUCACUAUCCUCUAUGGCAUAAUGAUGUUUGCGAGCAGCUAUGUUGAAGAGGAACAACACUAUUGGUACUGGGCUACAACUGCAUGGCUACUGUAUCUUGGGAUCAAAUCAACCUCGAAAACUGUCCACAAAUCUUUUGGCAUGGGAUUUGUUGCUCUUGGUGCUAUGCGGCUCAUCCGAGGAUGGAACCAAACUGGACAAAAAUUUGCUGGCGAGCCCGAUAUUGUGACCAACUUUGUGUCACCAUAUCCCCCCUUUCUCUGGUAUUUCGUCGCCAUAACGUAUGCGAUGGUUUCCUUGGAGUUGUUCAUCAGUCUCAGAGAUAUCCCAGCAGCAUUCUCAGGAUCCGCAGUCGCGGGCCUUGCGACGUCGGCAGUGUCGUUCAAGCUCGCUUUUACCAAGGAGGAUGCUCCCGAACUAGUGAUUGGUACCGCAAAAACCCUCGCGGAUAUGUUUGAUGGGCCAUCUCUCGUAAAUCGAGCACGAGCGGUCUAUCUCGGGCUCGGACUUGCUUUAAUAUACCCCCUAUACAGCCUAGCGAUGCAAGCGACCAAGGUUCCCAAAGAACGAUCCAUGCAAACACUACACCAUUUAUACACGCUAUUUGCAUUGACACAGUCUCGUGUGACAAACGUGCCGUUGUUUUUACUAUUUCAAGUCAUUUUUGUAUACUUAAGAAGGCUGGACUUGGAAGUAGCCGAGAUCACGAUUUCGUCAUUGCUUUUACAGUAUGCUUCUUUCUUUGCUAUGGGGGGUUCCAAUGCAAUAUCCGGGGUAGAUCUAUCGAACGCCUAUAACGGCGUUAGCGAUUUCAACAUCUUCGCCGUAGGCAUCCUGACGUUUUUAAGCAACUGGGCUGCCCCGGUAUGGUGGACGUCGGCUGGCAAUCUGCUACUGCUGCAGACUAGACGUUCCCAAAAGCAUGGAAACGGUGGUGUAUAUUUGCAACACGCAGCGAUCUUGACCACGUUUACGACGGUGGCGCUGGGGUUUGUGAUGGUGGCAUGCAUGGCGCUGAGGACGCAUCUGUUUAUCUGGACUGUGUUCUCGCCAAAAUACCUAUAUAGCAUGGCUUGGAGUUUGGGCCAGCAUCUACUGAUCAACAUGGGGUUUGGUGGUCUGUUAUACUGGAUUGGGCGCGCAUGAUGGAUUUCGGCAUGGAACAUGGAUAUGAGUAAAUCGUUGGUUUAAGGGGAUAUUGUGUAUAGUAAGAUCCCCUAUUCCUUUUGAGCACCAACAUGUUUGAACUUUGAAUCCGGGGCUUUUAGCCAACGUUUGUUUCCGUUUCAUUCCAAAAAUCCUUAAGACAUGGUAGUUGUUUGUUUCCGUCCGUGGAUUCGUACGAUAGAAGACAUUUGUCGGAGUCAGUCGGACUAA